UAUCUUGAGAGGUAUUUCUACAAUGCUUUUUUGUUCUUAAGGAUCUUAAUUUCCUUCAAAUUGACCGUGCUGACUCACGUGUUGAUUCAUCACUAAGACAAAAUGCCUACAUCAGAGGAGCUGUCUGCAGUGAUAGGCAACUAUAACAAGCUCCAAUACUUUGAGGAACUGUCACAAGGACUGAGGGAUUCACUAAAGAAUUCGUUGUUUACUGACGUUCAGAUUGAGGUGGAUGGGGAAAUCUUCAAAUGUCAUCGUAUAAUCCUAGCCUCCAUGUCUCACUACUUCAAAACCAUGUUUACCUCAAAUUUUAAGGAGAGUGGUUUGCCAAAAGUACACCUGAAGGACUUGGAUAAAGAGAUCUUUAAGGCUGCUUUAGAGUACAUAUACACAGGACAAAGUUCAGUCAAGAACAGCAAUGUCUACCACCUGCUCUCCUGCUCAUCAAUGCUACAAAUCAAGGGUCUUCAGUCCAUUUGUAGUGAAUUUUUAAGGAAGAGCUUGUCUCAUAACAACUGUAUUGGGAUCUGGAAAAUGGCUACCGGGCAUGGACUACCAGAGUUGCAAGAAGACAGCUGGAACACCAUUCAGCAGAAAUUUCCAGAAGUUUCCAAGUGUGAAGAAUUCCUACAUGUCACAAAGGAUGAACUCAUUCAGAUCAUAGGCUGUAAGGAUUUGUUUACGAGUAAGGAGGAGGAUGUUUGUGAUGCUGUGCUGCGGUGGGUUAGGGGGGACAAAGCCAGGAAGAAGGGGUUAAAGGAAGUGUUCCAGGUCCUACGCCUAACACAGAUGUCUUUGGAUUACCUUUGUAACAUCAGAGACUGUGAGGAGAUAGAAGAAUGCUCAGGAUGCCGUAGUCUUGUCUUAGAAGCCAUUGACAAAAUUAACUCUGCCCUACCCAAUGAAUAUACUUGUCCAGAAUCUGAAUACAGACAAGAAGAAGUGAUCUGCAUGGUGGGAACAAGAAGUCGAGAACCAAAUCCUCAAAAGAUCGAAGUCCUGUGCUACAGCUUCAGACACAACAGUAAGUUCAAACUAUCUACACUCCCAGUAGAGCCAGGACCCUGUUUUGCAGUUUGUAUACUGAACAGGGAUAUCUACAUAUCUGGGGGUUAUAAUGAACAAAACCUGAUGCUUCACUUCAACACAGAGCAAAACAUGUGGACUGAGUGCAAGAAGAUGGUGAUAGAGCGGUGGUCUCAUUCCAUGGUAGCUGUCGGUAAACACCUCUACUUAGUAGGAGGAACCUCCAAGACCAAUGAAACCCUGUCUAGCAUUGAAAAGUUUGACCCAGAAACAGAAACCUAUGAAGAGGUAGGUCAACUAGAAGUUCCUGUGUCUUCCAUGACUGCUGCUGUGUUUGGAACAAAAAUUAUCACUUUUGGGGGAAAGCUGAAAGAUCGAACAGCUGCUUCUGUCAUUCAGUAUUUUGAUGUUGCCAUAAAAACAAAGGGGUUACUAGGAAACCUUCCAGAAACAUGUGCAGGCAUCAUGGGAAGAGCUGUCCACUUUGAGGACAAAUUAAUCAUUGUUUUUAGGGAGGGACAGAUUGUGGAGUAUUCUGAGGACAGAGGAGCCUCCAUAGUUUGUAACAUUGUCAAAUUUGAUCAUUUUGGAGCUGUGAUGCAUGAAGGAGACGUUCUUAUUCUAGGAAAUCGCAGCGGAACUUUCUAUGCUGUUCUCUUCAAUCCACAUAGUGGGAAAGCUAGAGACAUUCCAGCGCCCUUCAAGGCUCCGAUGUGUAACUUCUACUGUCUGCAAACCAUUGUCAGCAAAAGGUACCUUAAAUAAGCAGCCUUUGUUUAAAAUACUCAUUCCUAAAUAAGAAUGUCAACAUAGCACACUGACUUAUUUUUUUAAUGGGAUAAAAUGAACGAUACAUAUAUAAAUUUAUCAAUGUUGGCUACAUGCAGUAUUU